AUGUCCAGCGAGUCUGUAGAGAUAAGCCCUGAUGUGCUGAGAUUUCAUUCGCAGUCAAAGACACAAUCCACUGAUUACAUUACCAUCACCAACAAGUCUGACGAAACAAUUGCGUUUAAAGUGAAAACCACCGCUCCCAAAUUGUAUUGUGUGAGGCCCAAUGCUGCUACUGUUGCUAAAGGUGGCUCUGUGAAGGUGUCGGUCAUCUUCCUUGGCUUGUCGUCGGAUGCCAAUAUGACCGCAGACAACAAGUGUAAGGACAAGUUCCUCGUGGUUAGUCUGCCUGCUCCCUACAAGUUGAAUCAGAAUACCACCGUUGCGGACGUCUGGUCUGAUUUAGAGGCAGAAUUCAGGGACCAAACGGUCUCGAAGAAACUGAGAGUGGAACACGUAGUAGACGAAACGCCUGCAUCUGACGCAGCCGAGUCUGCACCCGCCGUCAAAUCUGCUCCAAUUGAGACUUCAACAGAUACACCCGAUUUGAAGACCCCUCUACCUGACACCUUGAAGAGCGAAACAAAACCAGUGACUGAACCUGUCAAGCCUACUCAAGAACCAAGACAGAAAAGUGGUCCAUCGAAGAACAUCAAGUCUUACGACCCACCCAUUGCCCCAACUGCGGAAAUCAGCGAGAGUUCUUCCCCCAGCUCGACUACUUUCCUGUUUUUCGUUCUGAUCGCACUUGCUCUUGGCUGGCUCUACUACUGA